CUCCAGUGUAAGCUAGGGAGGUGUGGCUAUCAGUUUCUCCAGUGAAGGGAGGAGCUGGCACCGCAUAAAAAUGCAGCAUUUCACUAGCCUCUGUACAUUAAUCGGGUAAACCACUUUUUACUGUGUUAAAACUAACCUGGAACAUGUUCCCCUGUUAGUGUGAUCCAUGCAUCAUUGGAUCUUCUCGGCCUUGCUUGGGCGAGCAAACGCGAGGAGCACCAAUGUCGCCAAAUAUGAUGGCCUCUCUGUGGUAGGAUGAGAAGUCCAGUGCCGCGCUUUAGGGACGUCGAGAGGCAGGCCGGUGGCCAGCAUCCCGCACAGUGUCUUCCUCCCUUUCAUGAGCGACAGAACAACAUGUGGUUUAUCAGAGAUGCCUGCGGCAUCGUUUGUGCGAUCAUCACCUGGUUUCUUGUCUUCUUUGCUGAAUUUGUCGUGCUGUUCCUCAUGCUGAUUCCAUCGAAUAACCUCACCUACAGCCUGGUGAACGGCACCCUGUUCAAUAGCCUGGCCUUCCUCGCCUUGGCGUCUCAUUUCAGAGCCAUGUGCACAGACCCGGGAGCCGUGCCGAAGGGCAACGCCACUAAGGAGUACAUCGAGAGCCUGCAGCUGAAGCCAGGUCAGGUGGUUUACAAAUGUCCCAAGUGCAGCAGUAUCAAGCCGGAUCGAGCUCACCACUGCAGUGUUUGCAAGCGCUGUGUACGGAAGAUGGAUCAUCAUUGCCCUUGGGUGAACAAUUGUGUCGGGGAAAAUAACCAGAAGUAUUUUGUGCUUUUCACAAUGUACAUUUGCCUGAUUUCUCUGCAUACCUUGGUCAUGGUGGUCUUUCAUUUUCUCUACUGCUUUGAAGAUGACUGGACAAAGUGCAGUUCCUUCUCCCCUCCAGCCACUGUCAUCCUCCUCAUCCUCCUGUGCUUUGAGGCCCUCCUCUUCCUCAUCUUCACCUCUGUGAUGUUUGGCACCCAAAUCCAUUCCAUCUGCACAGAUGAGACGGGCAUAGAGCAAUUGAAAAAGGAAGAGAGAAGAUGGGCUAAAAAAACAAAAUGGAUGAACAUGAAGGCGGUAUUCGGACACCCCUUCUCGAUAGCAUGGUUUAGCCCGUUUUCCACACCCGAACACGGGAAAGCCGACCCCUACCAGUAUGUGGUCUGAGCUCAGGAAGCUUUAAGCUAGAGACUCGAGUGCACUUGGACUGCCCUUAAAGAGCGUCUUUUAAUUAAUCCGGACUUGAGCGGAGCAUUUACCAGUGAGACUAAAUCACCUUCAUCUUCCUUUUUUUCUUCAGGGAACAAAUCAUUGCAUAUCCAGUCAUUCUUGCCUCUUAUUUAUUUGAAUUAACAGAAAGUGGAAGCUUCAUGUCAUACUCUCAAGCAUCCCUGCCUAGCUACACUGAAAUAAAGAUGAAUGAUGUGCAGAUUAUAGAAGCCAAUUUAUGCUAAUAUAAUCACUAUUGUAAUCUCUUCCGAAUGUUGCUAAAAUGAUAACCUACUUUCUGAAAAACCUUCAUUUAAUUCCUUAUACCCAUCUAUGAUAUAAAACCAUGUUUUUUCCCGGUUAAAGGCAUAAGAGCACUGACAACCAUUCACUAAAAAGGAUUAUAAUUCUUAUUGAUACAAGACAUUUUACACCAAGGAUAGUAAUAGCCAUAACGAUAUUAAUAACCAUUGUAAUCAGGGCUUGACAUUAACUUUUUUUUUUCUCGCCGGCCACCGUGGCUGGAGGUUUUCCAAAGUUAUUAGCCACUCAACAUUUUCACUGGCCGCAAUUUUGACAUCGAUUCCAUAGGUAAAACUUCCAUAUAGAUAUUAUAUCAUAAUUUGACAGCAGGUACAUUAGGCUGCUGUCACUUUAAGACCUGACACCCGGAUCCAUUAUACUGUUACACAUGCAUGUCUUUAUCAACGGUAUAGGUUUAUUUAAAACAUAACUGACUGUUUACGUGAAUACUCACCAAGACUGGCAUUUUGACAUUAUUUUGUGUCUAUUUGACAGUUUAAGCGCAAUAAGAAGCAGAAAAGAACUCAAUUUAGCAGUGAGAGACGGCUUUAUGUGCGGGCACUUUGAGUGUGAGCCCAAAAUCUGGGGCAAUGAGUAAAAUUAUGCGCAAUAUGAGCCAGCCCACACCAAAAUUCAAGCCCUGUAACAGCAAUAAUAUUCAUCCAGAGCAAAUGAAAGGAGUGAGUGAGGGGAGGCGGGUUUGUGUAUCUAUUCUGCGAAAAUUAGUGUUGAAAGCAUUUCAGUAUCGAUAUGCAUCAAAAAAUAUAUAUUUUUGACAACACUACACACUUGGUUUAUUAUUUCAGAUGCCUUUUUAAAAGACUGCAAUUGAAAAAAAAAUGUAUUCAUUAUGUAAAAUUCAAACCACCAAAGUGAAAUAGAGUUCAUAUCAAGCCCUGAUUGUGAUACUAGGAGAAUAGGCAAGUCCACACCACAACUACUGUAUCAUUAUCAUGACAUAGAGGAACAAUAUCGUUGGAAUCACUUUCAGAAUUAUUAAUUUUUUCCAAGUGAUGAAUUAUAACAGCAGUGACAGCCAAUCAGAAACCACAUGACUUUAAGCAGCUCAAAAAUGUAGCGGCAUAUGACAUAUGUGCACUUAUAAUAAACAGAAUUAUCAUUUGUUGCUGUGGGUGCUAAUAUAAUUAUUGUUGUGGUUCUUGGUGUGAUCAGGCCUUAAAGCAGUAGUUCAAAAAUGAAAAUGGACUUGAAGAUGAACUAUAGUCUUUUGAGUUUGUAUGGAAUAACAUGAGAUCACAGCAUAACAUUUUUAGGUGAACUAUCUCUUGAGUAUGGGUUAUGGACUUUGGCUUUAUGAAAAAAAUAUAGGAAAUUUAAUAGGGGUGUAAAUAUUUGUUCUGACAAAGCUUAGAUUCUAAAUGAUCCUUUACUAAAUGAUGUAGUCAUGACAUCUGAUCUCAAUUUGGUUCGAUUACUUUUUUUUUUUUUUGUUUAGAACUACUCGAAACGCUAAUAAAAUAAAUGUAACCAAAGGUACGGUUCAUACUGAGUUGAAUAUUGACAAAGUCAUCCACCAGUUUUUGCAUUCACAUGUAUGUACCACAGAAUUGAACACGUAGAUUGGAUAUUGUUAAAUAAAAAAUUCCAUAAUGAGUGCAGUGUCAGAUCAUUGUUACACCCCUAAACUAUGACAGUGAAAAUAAUUCCAUCUCAAUAAUUAUUUUAUAAAUGUACAAACUCUGCAUUGAGAUAUUAUGAGUACUUUUGCUGUUAUACAUAACAAUUAAAGUGAUAACAGCACUUACCAUUACAGAACAGAAUUGCUGAUUUACUUGGUAUGUUGCCAUAAACAUGGUUUGCAGAAAUGUAUAAGAAAGGAACAGGCUUAAGAAAUUGUGGGAAUCUGACCAUAAGAUCAACUACAUUUAUAUACAGUAUAUGAAAAUAUUUUAUAUCUUUUAUGGCUUAUUACAUGAAAGAUAAAUUGUGUUUUUGACAACUUUAUUGAUUUACCAUUGUUGCCAUUGUUUUGGUUAAUUGCAUAUAUUUUACAUUUUAUAAAUAUACAUUUUUUGUUAUGAUGAACGGAUGAUAUGUGCUUGAACUUUUAAGUAUGAAAAAGACAAUCAUUCUGUUCUUCUUUGUCAAAUGGUGAAUUAAAAACAUGAAACACUUGGUCA